AAACACGCACACUUCGCUUCCUUCAAAUUUCAAAGUCUCUCUCUCUCUCUCUCUCCCUCACGCACUCCCACUGUCUUUCUUCUUCCUCGUCACUCCUCAUUUCUCCGUUAUUCUCAAAGAAGCUUCUUAGCUACUGCAUUUCGAAGGUUCUUUUUUCUUAUGGAAGAUUUUUCGAAUUUCUAGAAAGGGAUUGAGUUUCAAGGAUUGGAGUAUUGAUAGGUUCUGAUUUGAUACGGGUGGGGAGAGAGAGAGAGACAGAGAGAGAGAGAGGGAGGGAGAUGAACGGAAUGGGAAGGCAGGGGCAGAGAUCUGGGGCGUCAGGGUUGCAGGUCCAUCAUCAGCGGCAGUACUCCGAUAACUUCUUGGACGCUGCGUCGAAUGGAAGGUGGCUGCAGUCGGCUGGUCUUCAGCAUCUUUACUCUUCUAGCAACUCCAUUCCCCCUCUUCAGGAUUAUGGAUUCUAUGGAGGUGGUGGUGCAGGAGAACAAGGGUCUAGAACAUUAAGGACUGCACAAAGGGGUUUUAAUGCUGGAAAUGAUUACUUCACAGAGCCUACCACUCCACCGGGUAGUUCCUGGCAGUCAAGCCAGAUGAAGAAUAAUGGAGAUCCGAGUGAGUUCAGUCCUGGGCUCUUAGAUCUGCAUUCUUUUGAUACCGAGCUUCUUCCUGAGAUGCCCGUUCCUAGCCUGUAUGAUGGGUCUUCUCUCAGUAAUCUUGUUAGAGGCAGAAGUUUUGAUGACUCUGAACACUACAUUUCAAACGAUAAACAGACAGGGAGAACCAGCGACGUACCAGAGAACAGCCUCCUGAAAAGCUUUGCUGGAGACAAGGAGAAAGUCAAUUCUGUUGCAAAAAUCAAAGUUGUGGUGCGAAAGAGACCACUUAAUAAAAAGGAAUUAGCUAAGAAUGAGGAAGAUAUUAUAGAGACAAAUUCCAAUUCGCUGGUAGUCCAUGAAACCAAACUUAAGGUUGAUCUAACGGAAUAUGUGGAGAAGCAUGAAUUUGUUUUUGAUGCUGUUUUGAAUGAGGAGGUCUCAAAUGAUGAGGUGUAUCAUGAAACAGUGGAGCCUAUAGUUCCUAUAAUUUUUCAGCAAACCAAAGCGACUUGUUUUGCGUAUGGGCAAACAGGAAGUGGGAAAACAUAUACAAUGAAACCAUUGCCCAUUAAAGCUUCUCGGGAUAUCUUGAGGAUGAUGCACCAUACUUAUAGGAACCAAGGAUUUCAGUUGUUUGUCAGCUUUUUUGAGAUAUAUGGAGGAAAGUUGUUUGAUCUCCUUAGUGACAGGAAAAAACUUUGCAUGAGAGAGGAUGGUAAGCAGAAAGUUUGCAUAGUGGGUUUGCAAGAAUACAGGGUAUCAGAUGUAGAAGCAAUUAAUGAGCUUAUUGAGAAAGGCAAUGGCUCAAGAAGUACUGGCACCACUGGUGCAAAUGAAGAAUCCUCCCGUUCCCAUGCAAUACUUCAGCUUGUUAUCAAGAGGUCUAUUGAGGGCAAUCAAUCAAAGCCUCCCCGUCUUGUUGGCAAGCUCUCCUUUAUAGAUCUGGCUGGAAGUGAGCGUGGUGCAGACACUACAGAUAACGAUAAGCAGACCAGAAUGGAAGGUGCUGAAAUCAACAAGAGCUUGCUUGCAUUGAAGGAGUGCAUAAGAGCUCUUGACAAUGAUCAGGGUCACAUUCCUUUUAGAGGCAGUAAAUUGACUGAGGUUCUGAGAGAUUCAUUUAUGGGCAAUUCACGCACUGUUAUGAUAUCAUGCAUUUCACCAAGCUCCGGGUCAUCUGAACAUACUCUAAACACCUUGAGAUAUGCUGAUAGGGUGAAGAGCCUUUCAAAAGGAAAUAACCCUAGAAAGGAUGUAUUGUCUUCAACCUUAAACCAGAAAGAAUCUACCACACUGCCUUUGUCUUCUGCUUUACCAACUGCAUCCCUUGUAGAGGAUGAUAUAACUAACACAUGGCCUGAACAAAAUGAAAGAGAUGAUCCUGAUGCAUCAGAAGAUUCUUAUGAACCAGAGAAACCAAUGUGGAAGAAAAAUGGGAAACCAAAUCCUUACAGUUUCUCUUCUUCAGAGGAUAAAGUACGGAAACCCAAUGGUCAGACAAAAUGGAAGGGCCUACCCAAAUCUGAUGUGAAAAAUUCAAGUUCAGAUGAUGAUCUGAAUGCCCUGCUACAGGAAGAAGAGGAUCUUGUAAAUGCUCAUCGAAAGCAAGUGGAGGAUACCAUGAAUAUUGUCAGAGAGGUAAAUUUCAGCCAUUUAUUUUUUUCAAGCAUUCUCUUACGCUACUAGCUUCUAAGCGCUAGUUCUUAUUCCAUAUAGUUAUGCAUGAUAAUCACGUAUCCUUUUUAGUUCAUUUUGGCACCCACUUGGGCAUUUUAACUUGGUUGAUAGAAGGAUGAAAUGAGCCUGGAAGUUAGUCUUGGGUUCAGAUCUUUAUAUUUGUGAGUUGUUCAGCAUGCCAUAAGAUGGGUUAAGGAUCACAUUGAUGAUGAUUUUCAGAUACUGAAUUUCUUCUUUUUCUUUUUUUCAAAUAAUAAGAUUCUUUUGUCCAAACAGUUUUCUAUUAUGCGCAAUGCAUACCUUUGGCAAGCAUACCGUGUUGUUGGAGAUGCUACUUGUAUGCUUUUGCUAAAUGUGUGCAUCUGACAUUCUUAUAGAUUGAUCAUUCCUACUAAACUAAUAAAUAAUAGAUCACCUAGCAUGUGGGUAUUAUUAUCUGCAGGAGAUGAACCUAUUAGUUGAAGCAGACCAACCUGGGAACCAGCUGGACAAUUAUAUUUCCAGACUGAAUGCUAUUCUUUCUCAGAAAGCUGCAGGCAUCGUGCAACUGCAAACCCGUUUGGCUAAUUUCCAGAGGCGCCUAAAGGAGCAUAACGUUCUAGUAUCUUCUUCAGGCUACUGAUCACCUACAGAGAUGCAUACAUUAAUGAAACUACAUAUAAACUCGACUUAUUUCAGAAUACACAGCAGGAUUGUUGGCCCGAUUGGGGGUUUGGUCAUGACACAUAAUGACAUGGGGGAUAGGCCUUGGUGGAUUGAGGUCCUACCCUCUGUAUUACAUGACAUGAUAAUAUGAUUAGUAUCAUGCUAUUCUAAUCAUACUAUUCUUUAUCCUAUUUCAACAAGCUAUAUAAGCAGGUGUUGGAUUUACUCGCCUUCUGGCAUGCUGUUGUACAUUUUUCUUCAUCGUUAUAAUUCGAUUCUUUAU